GGAAAGUCUUUUACAACAGGCAGCAUAUCAAAACUCAAAGGAUUGUAUUUCUUCUUCAGAAGAUUUUUUCUUGGCUCCCUUUGGUCCAACGCAGCCAGCACAGUAAGUGCUUAUUAAAAGUACAGCAGCGACACAACAGCUGCGACUAUGUCAAGGUCUGAGGAGGCAGUCAGAGUCUGAGACAGCACGCAGAAAAACACACAUUUCUUCUCUCUGGAAGAAGCCGGAAAACAGAAGGAGAACAGGAACAUCAGAGGAGGAUCUGAACACCUCUGCUCCAUCCUCUGCUCCACCUGCAACUUCAGAUCCUGAACUAAACACAGAAUCACACCUCAACGCAUCUCAGUCUUUCAGCAGCUGCUGCAAUAACAGUCGUUGCCAUGGCGUCGGCGGCUCUGGAGCUGAUGGGCUUCUUCCUGGGUCUUCUGGGUCUUCUGGGCACCACGGUUGCCACGGUGCUCCCGUACUGGCAGAUCUCGGCGCACAUCGGCUCCAACAUCGUGACGGCGGUGGCCAACAUGCGGGGCCUCUGGAUGGAGUGUGUGUUCCAGAGCACGGGGGCCUUCCAGUGCGAGACCUACAACUCCAUGCUGGCGCUGCCCCCCAACCUGCAGGCGUCCCGCGCGCUCAUGGUCAUCUCCGUGGUGCUCUCCAUCCUCGCUAUAGCCAUGGCCCCCCUGGGGAUGCAGUGCACGCUCUGCCUGGAGGGGUCCGGAGCCAUGAAGAGUCGAGUGGCAGGAGCCAGCGGGGGGAUGUUCCUCUCCGCCGGCUUCCUGUCACUCAUCCCGGUCGCGUGGACCACCCAUGAAGUGGUCCAGACCUUCUACCAGCCCAACGUGCCCACCAGCAUGAAGUUCGAGCUGGGGGAGUCUCUGUACGUGGGCCUGGCCUCCUCGCUCAUCUCCAUGCUGGGCGGGGCAAUGCUGUGUGUGUCGUGUUGUGAGGGGCAGGGAGGAGGUGGGGGGGGGAGGCGGCUCGGGGGGGGAGGGUACCCGUAUCCUGGGGUCCCGGGACAGGGGGCACGGAUGACCUCACAGACCUACCACAACCCCACCCUGCAGGCGGCGGGGGGGAACAGGCUGAGAACCACCAGCCACAGCUCGCAGGCCAGCGCUCAGGCAGGGCAGAGCGGCAAGAAGCCCGCCGCAGGAUAUGACAUCACAGGAUACGUCUGAGGCCACUCCGUCACACCUUUAAAUGUGGCUCCAUGGCAACUUUUAUUAUAUGUAUUUUUGUAUUUUUGCGCAUUUAUGGACAAACUGAAUACACAACUUACAAACUGCAUCACAGUUUGUUACU